GCUGGAGUUAACGGGGAUUAAAGCUGAAUUACUAGAGCAGAAGCGUUCCGCAUCCGCCUCCACCCAACAACCAGUCUUACAAGUCUGGCUAGGCCCACUCUCAAGGGUGCGUCUAUCUAAGUGCACAGUGUGUCCAAGGGUCAUCAGUUCUUGCCGAGGUUUUUCCCUCAGCUCACAACCCGAAGUGAAAUGACUUUCAACCUCCAAUGGGAAUCACACCACGCCAUUCCGCUGAGCGACAUUGGAACAUUAAACGACAACCACCCUCCGAAUUGCGAUUUCUCCGUCGAGCCUACGCCCUAGCCGAGUCAUCUCCAGGCAUCAGUGGCCACAGUCCCAACAAUGGCCGCCUGAGAUGGCGUCUUCCAACCCGGUCCCGUCAAGGACUGCCAUCCAUGCUCUCCGCGGCGUUCUCCUAACGACAUCCUGUUCGGUCAUUCUCCUCGCCGAAGAACGCCGUCAACGCCUCAAGAUCGCCCGCGCCGCAAUCGACAAUGCCAAGAAGCUACACACCGUCCGGGUCAAUCACAACUCGAUCGCAUUGAACGAGAGCUUCGGGCGACGGGAUGCAUACCCGGCCGAGCUUGGGGGUGAUUUUUCCACCUCCCCGAACCCCCGAGGGACCAUUCGCCGCCGACGACGAAAUGGACAACCACCCCGUGGUUCAGUGAAGGCAGAGGCUGUUGAGCAAGCAGAGACUUCUCCGUCAUCGAACCACCCCGCCACGUUGUCGCCCGAAACGCCCGAAACGCGACAAAAGAAGUGGGAUGAGUGGGAUUUAGCACGAAAGGAGCUCUCACGAAUGGCUUCUCCAGCACCAUUUGCUCACCACGAACUUUUUUUGCGGAUGUCAACGGACGAAAUCGUAAUCGCUCCGAGACCGCGGCAAUUGAGAAACAGAGAACAAGAUGCAGACGUUACGGAUGAGUCGACCAUACCAACGGUUGGUCGCUCUUCGGAGCUUCCUGGAGAACAAACCACUGAAGUCGACGAGGCCUCGUCUUCCAAGUCAUCUAAACGACAAGACCCAGAAGGCGGCGCGCUCCCACCUGCGGUUUUCAUCAGUCAGGACGCACACGCCCUAUCAAUUGGUUUCCAACCAGCAACGGAGGCCCUUGGGACUGUCCCGGAGGAAACAGUCCAUGAAGAGAACCAGGCAUCCUUGCGGGAGUCAUUGGUUGUGUUGGAUCGCCUCAUCGCUGAAUUGCAGUUGCCUGAGGCUGACAGAGCUGUGGUUCCUGAACGAUUAGAUUCAGCAAUGGCAUUGCUCGGGAGGUUAAUGCCGUCGGACUUCUUGGAGCCCAAGUCGUCUCUAUCCCGAGGACUUCGCAUUCUCCAGUCUGUGGUCGAUUCUCAGGAGCACAGCAAGAUGCCCGCCAUCCUCGACACGCUACGUCCAGCAUGCAGUGAAAUUUGCCUUUUGGCCGUACCGGCUAUGGACAGUUUGCACGCGAAGUGUGACACGGAGGGUGUUCGCCAGCUACUGAAACACUUAUUUCAAUCCCCAACCUGGAAAACCGAGGACACUCCUCACAACCAGCGCAAUACAUGGAUAACUCGGUUGCUUAUGCACUACUGGAGGAAGACACAAAAUUUUACCGAAAUCAAGAGCAUUUAUAAUCUACUCCAGGAUGCCGGUCUCUUCGAUGACGGCUUCCUCUCCCUAAUCACCCAAUACUCGAUCCGACGCAGAAUUGCCUUGAUCGCUCUCGAUGCUGGCGAUAAUGCGACAGCGAUAGCUGAAAUGAAACUACUCCGACAACUCAGACCCAAGGCCACGGAAUAUGACAUCAAACUUCGAGGGAGAUUCGCCAUUCGAGAUGCUUCCCUCGGCAACUGGAAAGCAGUAUGGCCACAAGUACAAGGUCUCAAAGUCAAGGGGGAGACAGGCGACCAGUAUCAAAAUGUUUUGUCAUGGCUUACGAAAAUAUAUUGCAAAGACCACUCUUCAGAAGAGAUCGACAUCUUCAUCCGGGACCUCGUCAGUAUCCAUGGGAUGACGCUGAAUCAGCCUCUGGCUUUCCUCGUCUUGGACCGACACGGGCGGAAUCGCGACACCCAGGCUCUUAUCAAAUGGCUCCAAUUCUGCCACAACGGUGGGCUCGAGAUGAACCAGAUCUUCUUCAACGAAAUCGUCGACAAAUGUUGCAGGUACUGGAACCUUGCAAGAGUUGAUAUUGUCCAUAUGCUGAAAGGUGUGCGGAGUUUCAUGCCUUGGGUCCAAGAUCCUCAUGUGGCCAAAUACUCUGUACGUGGCGCUUUGAGCGACUUGCACAAGUCUCUACCGGGAGAGGACUCAACGGGGGACGGUUUCGGCAUGGUAUCGAAACUUCCCAACACACCAGGGGAUUCAUUUACCGUCUUUGAGCGGACUGCAUUCAGGUGCAUGAACACAUGGGCUCUGGAGAAGCAUUGGCAACAGGUGUACGAUGCCUUUAAAGAGGCAUCGGAAAAGGGUAUUGGGUUUUCUUCCCGUUGCCUUCGACUAGCCGUCAUUGCGAACGUCAACCUCGAAGGCCCCCAUUCUCGCACAGCGACGGAGCUUGUUGGCAAGGCACAUGUCGAAGGCCAUGAUAUCAGUGGCGCGUUGGUCCCAUUACUGGUGGCCCGACUCGAGUCUGGAGAUGAUGUGGGCAGCUUGCUCCAAGAGGCUCUUGGUCAAGGAGCGCACGUCCAUGAUAGCGUGUACAACAAGGCAGCACGCACUCUAGCCCAGAAGGGCUUCCAGGAAGGGGCGAUCAAGGUGUGUGAGCUUGCGGCACGGCAAAAUGGAAAGGGGGAGCUGGCAUACAGUCGAUUCAAUUUUGCCAGCUUGGUUUUCUCAUACACUGGCCAGAGACGAUACAAUGAUCUCCGGUCACUUCUCAUGAGCUUCACUUCCAAAUCAGAGUGGUGGCAAGGCAGCAAGGAAUGCAAAGAGUCUCUCAAACGGGCCAUAAAAGCAGUGGCGACACGGGUGUCCAAGUCACCCCCAACAGACCGAGAGACGCACGAGCAAGUGUUGGUGUGCCUGGACCAGGCACUUGAGCAUGUAAAGACACUCCGAGCUACAAUUCGGCAGGAUCGAGUAGUCCUGACGCAAGAGGUGGUCGGUGUGUUGAAACAAAUGGACCAUGUACAGGAACUGGACAGUGACCAUCUAGAAGAAGAGGCUCCAGUGGAGCGUCGAGCACUUACGGCGAGGAUGUCCUGGGAGGCUCCCACAACGAGGGUUCGAAACUCAGAGCAAUUAGAGGAGGGUGUAUAUCAAGAUGGGCAGAUGAAGACUGAGCAAUCGAAGGGCUUGAGGGGCGGCAAGGCGGAGCCCCUGCAUAAAACGACACGAGCUACGGAGCUGGCAACGCAACAAGAAGAGAUAUUCGUGCCUAGGUGGCAUGAAGUGGCACAUGGAUAGUUGUUUGCCCGUUGAUAAAACGGCUUCCAUGACGAUACUACGCACAUAGCAACUUCCUUCUUGUCUAACUAUCUCAUGUACAUCAUAUACCUAUAUAACAAAAUAGAGAACACAAAAGACAAUCAAUUCA